GCAGCACCUGCCCAGGACUUCGCUUGCUUGCUGCAUUCUGCACAACAUCUUUGAGAACAAAAGCAAAAGUUUGGGUUCAAUGGAUUAACUGGCUCUCAUUCAGAGGGAACCUAACAGAUCUAUUACGCUUCCAUUAAACUUCCCUGCUUUAUGUCAUAAAGAUUUCUUGGGUGAAGAAGUGAUGCUGAAAACAAUUGAGCAACACAACAAUGUGAAUCUGACAUAAGACUUUAAACACUUGGAGAAAUAAUUUUCUGCUGUUCAGUUUGUAUUUUAAACCCCUAACUGAAGCAUGCAUAAUAGUUAAACUGAUAGAAGAAAAAACUUUCUCAUAAAAAAAGACUGCCACAACAACAGUAACCCGAAUUUUCAAAAUGAGUGCACCAGUGGUUCCAAACAAGGCAUGCUACACCCAGGAACAGGACAACAGAAUUGAGAUAAAAAAUAACAAUGAAAGCAUAGUAAGUGUAGGAGAUACCAAUGCUAAUCAGAUUGUGACAAAAGUCAGAACCACAGAAGGUGAGGGCAGGAGAUGUGGUUUGAGAGGUGAAACUGGAAGUGUGCACACUGAUGGGUCAGAGAAGCUGACACAAUUGGAUGCGGAGCAGAAUAAACUUCUUGUCUUUAAAGAAUCUCAGAUUUGUGACAUUAACAUACAAGAGCAUAGGCAGCCUUCUGCUGUAAGUAAGAAAUUAGAUAAAGAUUGUAAAAUGGAUGAAGCUAAGGUUACUUCAAGGCAUCUCUGUAUUAGCCGAGGACAAAGUCUGUCUAAUUUGAAGAGCAGUGCAAAUGAUAGCAACACAGAGGUUCUUUCAAAAGGUGAUGCUGAAUUUACCCAGCAUUUAUCUAAGGGCAAAAUGGUCAAGGCUGUUGAGGUUGAGGGAAUAAAGAGGCUUUCUUUGGGAAGGCCAAGUAAAUUUUCUGCUAAAACUGAAACUUUUGCAAAAGAAUGUACUGGACGUGUGUCUCACAAACGUUUGCUUUCUGCAUCACUGGAUUCCAUUGAUACAUCACACCAUUUGAUUGGUAAUACUGAGAAAUCACAGAAAACAUCAGCAGAUCAUUUUCUAGGUAUGGUUUUUCAUCCACUUGACAAUACCUCAGAGGAAAAUAUUGUGUUUUAUUCUAAACCGUCUACCUCAGAAAACAAAAAAUUAAAUAAGCCAGAAAUCCAAAUGGAUGCGGAUAACAUACCAAAUGUGAACAGUGAAAACACACUGCAAGCUUUUGAUGCAGCUCUAAAUGUAACUGUUAAGCCCUGUGAAAUUUCUAGUAAGCCAGAAGCACAAUUAAGUUGGGGUGAUAAAAGUAGAAAAUUGGAGUUUAAAACAGCACCAUCUUUACAGUCUAAAAAUAUUUGCCAGCAGAAAAUUGAGAGAAUUAUGCUGGUAGAAUUUCUAGGAUGUCAAAAAAAAGAAAGUACAUUAAUGCAAGAAAAGAAAGGGCUUGGGGAUGAAGUGUCCAAGAUGCAGGCUUCCCAGUUUCAAGACAUUUGUAGAGAGGCAGAGGAUCCACACUUAAACCCGGUGAUAGCCUACUCCAAUGACAGACUUCUAACUGAUCAUAUCACCUGCCGUCAUUUAAGAGGAGGAAUGACUGCUAAUGACAGUAGAGCAACUAAUCAAGUCACUGAGGAGUACAUAACAAACAAAGAAGUGGAAACUUUCUCUCUUCCUGAUGACAGCAAACCCAGUGGCAAAGUCAUGUCUGCAAAAAACAAAAGCAUACAUGAAGCUGACACAAGUUGCAUUGGAACAGUUGGUGAGCAUGUAUCUUUUAUACAAAACAUUAAUCUACCUGACAGCAAAACCUUGAAAAUUAAUGAAAAUAAACUGAUGCUAGUCAAAGGAAACAUUGACAACACCAGGCUGUCUGCUUCUGAUCUCACAGAUCAACACCGAGUGCUUAGUACAGAGAGAGUGUCAAAUGAGCAUCCUAACAACCAGGACAGUGAUUUGGAAACUGUGAGCUUUUCGAUUCAAAAUAAAAAGACCAUUAUUGCAAAGAAACAUCUUUCAGAUGAAGCACCAGAGAGCUAUAAAAUUUCAGCAAAGGCUGAUGCCUUUUUAUGUGUUCCAGCUCCCUUGCGCCCAGUGGCAACUGUGCAUAUUAAUAAUCAGCCCACUAUAUCAAAUGGUAAUUUGAAGGAUCUUUAUGCACUUCAUGUUGACAAACUGUCACCCUCCUCAGUCCUACCUCCCAUUGAUGAUUCACAGUUGUUAAAUAUAUCCCCUAAAGUGCCUAUCAAGACUGCUUGCAACAGUGGGAUCCCCAAACCAAUCCUGGUACAUUCCAAGGGCUCCUUUACAGACAAGAAUGAUAUAGAGAGUGACUGCAUUGAAAAGCCUGAAGAAAAUAUUGAGAUAACCCCUGCCAUACCCAAGCCCAAACAUGUGAGACCCAAAAUUAUCACUUACAUCAGAAGAAACCCUCAGUCAAUUGAGGGUUCGAUUGACCCUUCUUUUGCCCCAACCACCCUGUCAUAUGGUUCUCCGGCCUGCGGUGUGCCUAUGCCAAAGGAACAGAAAACAUCGACUGGUGGAGAUAUUAAACCACCUAAUAUUUUGUAUGACAAGUUUAAGCCUGACUUGCAGAAGCCAAGGAACUUUGGGUCAGGACUGGUGGUAUCUGGCAUUAGGCCCCCAGGGCAUCAUUUUGGCCCCAUGAGUGAAAAGUUUUUACAAGAGGUUGGGGAAAGGCCUGUGAAAGAAGAAUUUUGUUCUCCACCAUAUGCUCACUAUGAGGUGCCACCAAGUUUUUAUCGAUCUGCCAUGAUACUUAAACCACAGUUAGGACUGGGUGCUGUUUCCAGGCUGCCCUCUACGAAAAGUAGGAUUCUGAUUGCAAGUCAAAGGUCCUCAGGUAGCUGUCUUCAUCAGCCAGGAGAAAUAACCAAUGCUCCCAGCCUUUACCAUCCUGAUACUUCAGUUGAUCUUAAAAAAGGCCCCUGUCCAAAUGCUGCAAAAUCAAAUCUUCCGAAGCCAUGCCAAUCUGGACUUCGUCCUCCUGGCUAUUCACGCAUGCCAGCAGCUAAGCUGGCAGCAUUUGGUUUUGUCAGGAGUUCAAGUGUAUCCUCUGUCUCAAGCAACCAGUCAAAUGACAGCGUUCAGAGUGAUCAAGGCAGAACAACCAACCGUUCAAGCUUUGGAAAUGAAGAGCAAGCUACUCCUAAGGCAGCUGCGCCAUCUAAAGACAUCCCCAAGGGGACCAGUAGAGCUACACUGCAGGGAUUGAGCAGCACAGCAACUCCCCGCAGGAGUUUACUUCCAGCGCCAAAAACUGCCACAGCACCUGCUGGUUUGAAGAAAGAAGUUCAAAAAGAUCAAGAUGCUAACAGAUCUACUGUUUCAUCCCCAAAACGAUUAGCAGCAUCAGCCACCAAGCUCCAUUCACCAGGCCAUCCCAAACAGAGGCCAACAACUCCGAAGAAUGGAAUUUCCUCCAAACCAGAUCCGCAGACUCGAGAGGCUGAACGGCAAUUUGUCCAGCAGCUGAAGGAAAAGUGUGAUGAGCAGUCCAAGCAAUUAAGCUGCAUUCACGAGGAACUGAAAAGAGCCAGUCGUGGAUUUGACAUCUUUGCCAUAACAACACAGUAUUUCUUUAGGAAGAAUGAAAGUGCCCUUGUGAAAGAAAAGGAGCUGUCAAUUGAGCUUGCAAACAUCAGGGAUGAAGUGGCCCUCAACACAGCACGGUGUGAAAAAUUACAAAAAGAGAAAGAGGAGCUGGAGAAGCGAUUUGAGGAUGAGGUGAGGAAGCUUCACUGGCAACAGCAAGAAGAGCUGCAAGCCCUUGAGGACAGGCUGCAGUUACAAUACAGCACUGAACUAGAACGUCUACAAGAAGAAAACAAGCUUCAACUCAUGAGAAUCAAGUGUCAGCACCAGGAACAGGUAGAAGAUAUUACAGCCACUCAUGAAGCCUCAGUGUUAGAGGUGGAAAAUAGCCAUACCAUUGCCAUUGCAGUACUCCAGGAUGAGCAUGACAGCAAGGUUCAAGAACUGAUGUCUGCCCACGAACUGGAAAAGAAAGAACUAGAAGAGAAUUUUGAAAAACUGCGGCUGUCACUCCAGGACCAGGUGGACACCCUGACAUUCCAGAACCAAUCUCUACGGGACAAGGCAAAGCGAUUUGAAGAGGCUUUAAAGAAAAAUACUGAAGAGCAAUUAGAGGUUGCACUAGCUCCAUAUCAGCACUUAGAGGAAGACAUGAAUAGCCUGAAACAAGUUUUGGAAAUGAAGAACCAGCUAAUACAUCAACAAGAAAAGAGGAUCAUGGAGCUAGAAAGGCUGGCUGAGAUAAACCUAAUACUGGAGGAGAAAAUUCAGGUGCUACAACAACAGAAUGAAGACUUCAGAGUCAGGAUUGAUCAGAAUACUGUUGUAACAAGGCAGUUAUCUGAGGAAAACGCUAAUCUGCAAGAACAUGUUGAGAAAGAAACUGAGGAAAAGAAGCGGCUAAGUAGGACUAAUGAAGAGCUGCUUUGGAAGCUCCAAGCAGGAGAUGCCAUGAGCCCUGUUAAACUCUCUCCUACAUCGCCAACUCCUAUUUAUCGCUGUUCAUCGGGGCCUCCUACACCAGCAAAAGUCAGCACUGUGCCAAGAUGACAAUGCUGUGCUGCUGCUCCAUAUCACCUGGCUUUGACAUCCUUUUGCAAUCUGCUGAAUGUUAUCAUCUAAGAGCAUUUUAACAACCAUAGAUACCCAGGGUUUGUUACUGCAAGCAAGCUCUGUAGCUGCAUAACCGUAUACUAGACAGUGUACUAUUACAGUUCCAGAAUAGAACCUCCUGGUACUGGCUCACUGAUGUGUUAGGAUAGUAUAACCAGUGUAGUUUGAUGUAUAGCACUGUACCAUGGUUAGAGCCAAAAAAAAAAGGAAAAAAAACGUACUAAUGAUUCAUCAGAAUGAACUUUUUGCUGCAGCAUUUCAGGUUAGUUACAAAGU